CCAUCGUAUAUUUCUGUUGGUCCAUAUCAAAGUCAAACCAGAAUCCGUUAUAUAGCAAUAUGUGCAAUACAGAAAUGUGGUGUUAGUCAAGUUAAAUACCAAAUAUUAAUUUCCAAAACCAGAAAUAAGUCUGCCAGUUAAAGUUUGCUGAUCUUCACAUGCUCUGUAAUUCUCUCUGAUACAGCAAGUUAUCACAGAAGUAAUUAAACAAGCAUUUAAUCCAUAUGGUUUUCCAUAUGAUCCUUCAAGUAGUUGUUGAAGAAUGGUCGAAAUAUAUGUAUUAAACUUAGUUUCAACUAUCAAACUGGUGUAAGUGAUAUCUGUAGCUGUAGCUUUGCCCUUAUUUGUUAUAAUCUGCGUCACUCUUUACGUGCAAAAGUUCCAAAGAACUUGGCAGAUUCCAAUUAAAUAUUCAAGCCUUUGAAAGUAAGAAAAUAAAUAAACAAAUCUCAGCGCAAUGCUUUUGCACACUUCCCCAAUUAGGGCACGGAUCGACGUCAAGUUGCUAUAAUAAAUCGAGCUGUGCUCGGUACAGCCGGCUCAGUGCAAGGCGCGCGCACUGCCUCUUCAUUCACGAGGGAAAAAAAACAACCAAGAACUUUGGCUCGCUUCGAAGUAGCCGAGUGUAUCAGCGUGAUGCACCUGCAACACUGCACUUCGCCAUCGGCCAGAAAUGCUGCCAGUGACUUUCCAGACGAGUUGCUCACCGAGCACCACCCCGCGACGUCCUCCGGCGCCACCCCAGGGAACCACCCGGCUCUAACAAAACUCCCGGCCGAGCUGACCAGCGAAGAAGACAAUAGAAGCGAGCGCAAUACCUCCAUUGGGUCCGACGCGCAGCGCACUUUGGAUGGGAGCCACGUGGAGAAGCGAAACGCGCCUGAGACGAACCGAGUGCGCACGACGACCGCCACCAUCUCCUCCUCGUCCACCGCGACCAUGUUCUCAUACGCGGCGCAACACGGACACACGCUAACGCCUUUCUCCAUAACCAAUCCGGGUCACUUCGUGGCACAUCAUACCGUCAUUCCAAACGGGCCCUACGACGGAGUCUUGUCAGGUGCGCCUCGACAGAAUUACUCAAGCGCCGGUUAUCCUUACGCACAGGCUUACAGUCAGGCAUAUCAGAGUGGCGCGUUGUACCCGCUCUCUUCGGCGCACGCGGGACUCAUGGCCGGCAAAGCACAAGUGUAUCUUUGCAACCGUGCGCUGUGGCUCAAAUUUCACCGGCACCAGACAGAGAUGAUCAUCACCAAACAAGGGAGACGCAUGUUUCCAUUCCUUAGCUUCAACAUUUCUGGACUUGACCCGACAGCUCAUUAUAAUAUUUUUGUGGAUAUUAUUCUGGCCGAUCCGAACCACUGGCGUUUCCAGGGAGGAAAGUGGGUUCCGUGCGGAAAAGCGGAUACGAAUGUAACAGGAAAUAGAGUGUACAUGCACCCGGACUCUCCAAACACAGGAGCGCACUGGAUGCGUCAAGAGAUUUCGUUCGGUAAACUGAAAUUAACUAACAACAAAGGAGCUUCAAAUAACAGUGGACAGAUGGUCGUCCUCCAAUCGCUCCAUAAGUACCAGCCCCGAGUGCACUUGGUCGAAGUGAAUGAAGACGGGACAGAAGACACCAGCCGGUCCGACCGCGUUCACACGUUCACCUUUCCGGAAACGCAGUUCAUAGCUGUCACUGCAUACCAGAACACGGAUAUCACCCAGCUGAAAAUCGAUCAUAAUCCUUUUGCCAAAGGAUUUCGGGAUAAUUAUGACACGAUUUACACAGCCUGUGACACUGAGCGCCUUAGCCCGUCUUCCUCUGACUCCCAGCGCGCGCAGCUGAUGUCGGCCCGGUACGCGGCUACCAGCUCCCUUCUCCAAGACCAGUUCGUCGGACAUUAUUCGGGUCCGGCGGGGAGCGUGGAGCGCGCGCUCUCUUUCACUAACAGCCUGGGGGGCUCGGAGCAACCUGAGGACAGAUGGUUUAAUAACAGAUUAGAUUUUCCCGCUUCGACUUACGAGGCAGCUGAUCUGACUGGCAGCCUGCCCUCUUUGCUGCCCUACCCUGCCACCGCAGGGGUCAAAGGUCAGACGCUUUCCGCUAGCCCAACUUCUGGUCGCGCGCUUCCUGCCUACUGCGCCACGCAGGCCGGCUGGGAGCCGCGCGCUACGGGUCUGCCGAGCUGGAUCACGGAGACCAAUUUUGAUCGCUCGUAUUUGUCUGAAGACGGACUGAACGUGGAGAAGGACGAGACAGCACCGAUAGUUUCCGAAACGAGCAAAGACAAGGACGCAGCGGAUACAGGAUGGACAGAAACACCUUCUUCGGUGAAAUCCGUCGAUUCAGGCGACUCGGGGAUUUUUGAGCAGGCCAAAAGGAAGAGGAUGUCGCCGCCCGUUUCGGAGGAGCCGUCACCGCUCAAAAGGGACCUCCAUAACGCACACGACGGAGCCCGGAAUAUGAACUACUUCACUUUUUAUUCUCAGAGUUAAACCAGAGACCUUGUGGCAUGGAUCAUAUUCACUUUAUAUUUUUGUUUAGGCCUAUUUAUUUAUUUAUUUGUUUGUUUGUUUGUUUGUUGAGGUCGGUGUCAGAAAAAAUAAAUCCUGAUCAGGCGCAGUAGGCCAUUUGUUUUCAGAAACCGUUGUGACUGAAGCCAUAAAUCUGUACGAGUCAAAAUCGCUAACAGACGCUGAUGAACCGUUUAUAUACAUUUACUUAGGGUUAAUAACUUAGGGUUAAAUACAUUUUGCUGUUGUGGCUGGAGGAGAAUGAUCUUGAUCUUAAAAGGACUACGCCAUGACACCAUUUGAUUUGCGUUUGUUGUCAUAAUUUGUAGAGAGCCAAUGACAAAAAAAAAAAAACGCCGAUUAAAUAAAAUCAGUGUUAAUUAAUUCAAUGUAAUCAGUGUCUAUAGCGUAGACAGAGUAGUUUCAGGCUAAUUAACCUUAACGUCCCUUGCAAAAAAAAAGUAUA